GGUUUGUUUUGUUUUGUUUGCGCAACCCGACCUAAACUCAUGCCUCUUUGUAACCACCAAUCAAUCGAGAGAAUGGAGGAAGAAAGAUGGCCACCGCGGGCGAAGAAGAUGAAAGUGUCUCCGUCGUCGUCUGGGUUAUGGUCGCUGCCAGAUGAGGUGGUAGUUAACUGCCUGGCUCAGGCUCAAAUCUCGAGAUUUGACCUGGCGGCCUUAGCAAUCGCCUCAAAGAGCCACCGGUCUCUGGUGUCGUCCCCUGAGCUCUUGGAAUUGAGACGGCGGAUGGGUUGCACCGAGACGUGUUUGUACGUAUGUAUGCGCAUCUCUCCUGACCCCUCGAGCCCACCAGGUUGGUUCAUCCUCAGCCCUCACCAUCGCCUGAACCCGAUCCCGUCGAACCCUUGUCAGGCUCCGGAAUCAUCCUCUUACGUGGCGGUGGAUGGAGGGAUCUAUGUUUUGGGUGGACUCAUAGACGGCCAUCGCACUCAAGAUGUCUGGUUCCUAGAUUGUUUCUCUCACACAUGGAACCGUGCCCCCUCAAUGAAGAUGCCUCGUGCUUCCGCAUCAGCAAACCUCGUCGACGGGAGGAUAUACGUUUCUGGAGGGUGUGUAGAGGAGAAAGCUAAUCCCAUAAACUGGUCAGAGGUUUUCGAUCUAAAGACCCAAACGUGGGGUCACUGGUAUCUCCCCAAGUUGCGAUUCAGUUUCUGCCAGAGUGUGGUGAUAGAGGAGGAGAAGAAGGUUUACGCUGUUGACGAGGGGCGUCGAAGCUUCUACUUAUUGCCAAGUGAGUGUUUGUUUUGGAGGUUCAGCAAAACAAGUGACGACUUUAUUCCAGGAACCAGAAACGAUUGGUGUGCUAUAGGGAAGCUUUUGUUCUGUCGUGGUACUUGCGGGAGAAUACUAUGGUGUGAGCCUAGUGAGUUGCUUUGGAAACCAGUCAUGGGUUUGGAAGAGCAUUAUGAUAUAUGCAGACUCAGCACCAACUCUGCUGGAAACAUUGUCAUCUUCUGGAACUCCCAUCUUCGUCAGACUUGGCUUUGGUCUGCCGAGAUUUCCUUGCGGAGGGAACAAGGCGAGAUUUGGGGUAAGAUGGAAUGGUCCGAUGCUGUCUUCAAACUUGAUUCUCUCUCACACUCAUCUAAGAUCUUAUUCUCUGCUUCUGUUCUUGUGUCUGCUAAAUGACACUAUAAUUUAUCUGGUCAAGCACCCUCACCCUUAUUUGUAUUGGCUCUUCUUUUUCUUUCUUAUUAUCGACGCUGGUUUGUAUUUAAUUAAUUAAAAAAGACCACUGGGGUCGAGUUUGAGAUACAACUAUUGCAAAAGAAACCAAAAAAAGUCAUACCUGUGUCUUCAACGUGAGUUGAACUACACCUUGUGUCUUCA